AUGGAAAAGGAAUCCUUGGGAGAUAUGACUAGUCGGUUCUAUCAUUUGCUUACUGAAGUGGGUAAUUAUGGGGUAGUAACAACUCCAGCAGAGGUAGUGAAAAGGUUUGCAGAUGCGUUGCCACCUCAAUGGAAUAGUUUCUUGGAGAUUCUGAAAUACAAUGGAGUGUUGGCUACAACAAACAUCAAUGACUUCGUGCAGCUCUUGGAAAACAAAGAUCAGGAAGAAACCCUAAAGGCAAAAAGGGUUCCAGUUCCUGUAAAGCCAGCUCCAACAACAGACUUGUAUGGAAAUCCUCUACCGUUAGUUCCUCAACAGCAAGCCUAUCGGUCAUCUACCGUAGCAACUGAUCUAUAUGGGAAUCCACUUCCUGUUCAACAACAAGCUUGUUAUGGAAGCACAUCAUCUGCUGGUCAGCCAUCAAAGUCAAAUACAGUACGGCUCGACACUUCAAGCUUUUCAAAAUUGGGAAAUGAUACUCCAGAUGGAACAGCUUGCUUUGCUGAGGUUGUCAAGGACCUUAAGCACACCAGUGGUGGAGAAUCUUCCACCAAUGGUGAUGAAUCCUCUGAAGACGAAGACAGUUCCGGCUACAGUAGAAGCUCGGAUGAAGAAUCCUCAAGUUCAGGUGAUGAUCAGUUGGAUUACACGUCAAGUGUGUCAGUCGAUGCAGAUGUUGAUGAGCUAUUGAGAGAAGCUGCAACAGGAAAUCAUAGAAGAUCUAUUCUGAAAGACAAAUCUGAGCUGACAAAAAUGGUUUCAAGAAAACAAACUGACAUCAAUUUGUAUAUUAAUCGCCUUGAGAUAAUGCCAAAAGAAAUGGCUUGUGUUAAAACUGAAAGUGAGGCGAUCCAGCUCAAUUGUCUGUGUGAUGACAAUCCGGGACGGGUAUUAUGCAUCGAUUAUGAAAGGCUGGCACUUCUUCAGUUUAAACAAGAUCUAAUAGAUGAUGCCAACAGGCUCUCUUCUUGGAGUAGUGUGAACAUCGACUGUUGCAUGUGGGAUGGAAUCCUUUGUGAUAACUUUACCGGUCAUGUCCAAGAGCUUCACCUUCGAGGACCUGAUCCUGAACUUGAAGACGCGUCAACUCAGAUGCUCAGAGGUAAUAUUAAUCGCUCUCUGCUGUUGUUGAAGCAACUUAAGUACCUAGACUUGAGUUGCAACGAUUUUGAAGCGACCCAAAUUCCUAGUUUCAUAGGCUCUUUUCAAAACUUGAGAUAUCUUAAUCUCUCAUUGUCACAAUUUUACGGUCGAGUGCCUCACCAACUAGGGAAUCUGUCCAUGUUAGUUGUUCUUGAUCUAGGAAACGGACCAUGGCUAGGUAACGUUCCUAUGAACAGUAUGCAUUGGUUGUCGAGUCUCCGUUUGUUGAAAUACCUAGAUUUGACUGGCUAUGAUCUUAGCAUGGCAUCUGACUGGCUUCAAGUUACCGGUAACCUUCCAUCUCUGGUAGAAUUGCACUUGCCUUCAAGCAAUCUUACUCAAAUUCCUCAUGAGCUACCCAAAGUUAAUUUUACUUUACUAACUGUCCUUGAUCUUUCUUUUAACAUUUUUGACACUUUGGUGCCUUGGUGGAUUUUUAGCCUAAGUAAGCUAGUUUCCUUGGAUUUGACUAGAUGCCUUUUCCAUGGUCCAGUUCCUGGUAGGGUGGGCGGUUUUCAGAACAUGACUGAUUUAAAAUUUGUUCACGUUUCUGAAAAUGAUUUUAUGAAUUCAACAUCCGUCUUAAGCGGAUUGUUGAGUGUCACUAGUCUUGUGUCCAUAGAUAUUAGUACCUGCAAUCUUUCAGUUCCCAUACUUGGUGGUUUUCAAAACAUGACUUCUCUUGUUAGUAUCGACUUGUCACAAAAUUUUAUCAACGAGACGUUGCCAAACUCAUUUGGAAACCUUUGCAACUUAAGUUAUGUUGAUCUCCGAUCUAACUAUAUUAGGGGAGAUGUAUCAUAUCUUCUGAAUAACUUUUGUGAAUGUAAUUCACCUAAGUUGGAUUCUUUGGCUCUCAGUGCCAACUUCCUUUCUGGUCAUAUACCAUAUAGAAUAGGAGUACUUCAAAAUCUUGUCACAUUUGAUCUUGCAUUCAAUUUCAUUCCUGGUGUGAUUCCAAAUUCCUUAGUAAGAUUGUCAUCUUUAAAAGUGUUGAGGCUUAAUGUUAACCAUCUUUCUGGUAAGCUUCCCGAUUCAAUAGGGAACUUAACAUCAUUGGAAUGGUUGGAGAUUUCUUUCAACAAGCUCAAUGGAAGCCUGCCAGUAAGUCUUGGAAAGCUAGGGAACUUAACGUAUUUGAGUGUGCAUCAUAAUUUGUUCACCGGAGAUGUCACAGAAGAUCACUUUGCCAAUCUAACAGCAUUGACCAUAUUAUGGGCAGAGGCAAACAUGCUAACUCUAAAACUAAGCGUUAAAAACUGGACCCCACCUUUCAAACUUGGCACCCUCAAAAUAGGUUCUUGGAAUCUAGGCCCUCGGUUUCCUUCAUGGCUUCGUUCACAAGGAAAUUUGACAGAGAUAGACAUAGGCAACACGGGAAUUUCGGACAUCAUGCCUAGAUGGUUUUGGAGCUCAUUUUCUGAUAUUGAUUUCUUGAAUAUAUCGCACAAUAGUAUCCGGGGGACGUUGGAAGAUCUUAGUAUCCUUGCGCCAGAAUCAGUUGUAGAUCUAAGUAGCAACCGUUUUGAAGGUCCAUUACCCGGAAAAUUCAAUGAAGCUGACUUUGUUCUUCUGGAUGUAUCAUACAAUCAUCUUUCAGGAUCUCUUGAGCAAUUCCUAUGUCCUAGUUUAGAAAAAGAUAGAUCGCUACAAGUUCUUGAACUGGCCAAUAACAACCUGUCAGGGGUUAUUCCGGAUUGUUGGAUGAAUUGGCAAGCUUUAUCAGUCAUAAACUUUGAGAAUAAUAAGCUUUCUGGUGGAAUUCCAAAAUCUAUAGAGAGCUUAUCUUCCAUCCAAUCAUUCAACAUCCGCAAUAACAAUCUCUCUGGAAAGCUACCUGCAUUUCUUCUAAAUUCAAAAAGCCUACAAAUUAUUGAGCUUGCUGAGAAUGAAUUCACUGGAAGCAUACCGUUGUUGAUAAAGGGAGAAGAAACAAAGUUGAAACUACUCAGCCUCAGAUUGAACAAGCUGGCGGGUGAAAUCCCAGAAGAACUCUGUCGUCUUACGUCCAUUCAAAUCUUGGAUCUCGCUCAUAACAAUCUUUCAGGAACCAUCCCCACAUGCUUCUACAACUUCAGCAUAGUUUCUAGAAGGCAACAACCAAGUCCACUUGUGUUUUAUGACGUGCCAUUUCAGAUUCGAGUUCUUGGUAGUGCAUUGUUGGUGACUAAAGGAAGAGAGUAUGAAUAUAGAUCAAUUUUGUAUUUAGUAACAACAUUGGAUCUUUCAAGUAACAAAUUCUCUGGACCCAUUCCGAAGGAACUUAUGUACCUCUCAGGCUUGCGCUGGUUGAAUUUAUCCGGAAAUCAUUUAAGUGGAAGAAUUCCAGAAGAGAUCGGUAAAAUGACAUCACUUGAAUCUCUAGAUUUGUCUGUGAAUCAGCUUGAGGGGAGGAUUCCGUCGAGCAUGACGAGGUUGACAACCUUAAAUUGGUUAAAUCUAUCUUCCAACAAACUAACAGGAGAAAUCCCAACAAGUACUCAGCUGCAGAGCUUCAGUGAGUCUAGUUUCAUGUCAAACGCGCUUUGUGGGCCUCCACUUGCGCUAUGUAACAAGAAAGGAGUUCCACCUGAUGUAAGCGCGGGAGGUGAAUCAAAAGAACCAAAUGAUGAUGAAUCAGAUGACAAGAAUUGGGGAUUUAUCAUUAGCAUUGUGCUUGGAUUUAUAAUUGGCUUCUGGACUGUGGUUGCUCCUCUCUUUGCCAGCAAAUGGAGAAGUACUUACUAUAAUUUUCUUGAUAAUGUGUGGCUCAAGAUAUAUCUUGCUUGUCACAAGAAUUCCUUUUGA